AUGAAGAUACUUAUUUUCCUAAGUCUUGCUUGUUUUGGACUAGCCCUCAUAAAUCACGCUGUAGUCACAAACAAAGUGUUCUUUGAUAUCACUAUAGAUGGUGAAGAAGUAGGCAGAAUCACAAUGGGACUCUAUGGAAAAGCUGUGCCUAAGACUGUUGAAAAUUUCAGAGGUCUCUGCACAGGAGAGUUUGGAUUGAACGCAGACUUAGUCCCAAUGCAUUAUAAGGGAUCAAUUUUACACAGAGUAAUCCCUGAUUUUAUCAUCCAAGGAGGAGACUAUAUCAAAGGAGAUGGCACAGGUGGUGAAAGUAUUUAUGGCAAAAAGUUUAUGGAUGAGAAUUUUGAUCUAUCCCAUGAAGUUCCUUAUCUUCUGUCGAUGUCAAACUCAGGACCAAACUCCAAUGCUUCUCAAUUUUUCAUUACUUUAGAUGCGACUACUUGGCUAGAUUUUAAACACGUGGUGUUUGGGGAAGUAUUAGAUGGAGUUGACGUUCUGAAAAAGAUUGCAGCUGUUGGAUCUCAGGCAGGAAGGACUUCAAAGGUCGUAAUGAUCAAAAAUUCAGGAGAACUUAAAAUGAAUUAA